CUGUUGAAUACUACUAAUUAUUGAAUGACAAGAGGGAAAAUGGGAAAGCAAGACAAGUUUUGCUGCUACAUUUGAAAAGGCUUGUAAUUCCCAUCUUGGCACGUAUCUGACUGCCAAUUGCCACAUGUGGUCGGUAUCAUUGAUUAACUGCUUUGGCUCACAGGCCAUUAUCACCCGUUCUUUGUUUUUCAAGUCCUUUUCUAACUCCCAAAAACCUCUCUUUAAUGGCAGUAACAUUAAAGGGCAAUGACUACUCCCAUAAUUUGACCAAAAGAAACUUUUAUUAUUAGUAGACGAGGGGACUAGGGUUGUGUUUGUUUGUUACUUUGUUAUUAGUAAAUGAAAGGACAGACAGAGGUUACUGUUCUCAUUUACCCAUUUGAGUUCUUCAACUUGUAGUGGAAGGAAGACUCGGUUCAUGUGCUUCUGUUUUCAAUUUCCAAGAACUACCCCAGAUUCAAUGCUGGCGUAUCGGUGAUGCUGUGAUUGGAUGCAUAUUUCACACCAUGUCUACUAGCACUUAUUCUCAUAUCAUGGAAAGGAGGUCACCGAAGAGCCCUUUGCCGAGGAGCCCUUUUCCGAAGAGCCCUAUGCCACAGAGUCCUGAAUUCUAUGAAAAAUACAAGUCUAAAUGUGCAUAUGGCUUAAUUAAUAUCUUUCAUUUCCGCCAACGUCACUCAAAGAAGCUGAUUUCUGAUAAGGCAGUUUUGAAGAGACAUGCUGUUGAAAUGAAGAAAAUUGCAGAGGAAGAUAUGCCCAUCAAGCAGCAGAUAAAGAAGACCACUGCAAAAGUGGAACAUGUACAAUCUGAUACUGAACUUGCUGGUGACUCAUCAACAAGCCAUAGAAAAGCAAUCAAGGCUACUCGGAAACCUCUUCGUUUACCUAUUUAUGGUUGUUAUGAUGUAGCAACCAUGGGGCAUGCAAAAUCUGUUCAUGAAAAUUCAGCGGAUGAUUCUUCAAAAAAGUUGGAAUCUGCAGUGACCAAAGAAUCACUCUCCAAUCAAGUGCAACCUAGAAACGAAACCGAUUGUAACUGUAGAAGUAUCCAACAUGGAAAGCAUGGCCAAUCUAAGGAGAUCAAUCUUCAGGUUCGCAUGAAUGAAGCUACUGAAGCUUUUAUAAAUCAGAAGUUGAUUGAUGGAAAACACCUCAGCACAGAUGGGGCAGAUGACCAGUCUAAACAUUUCAUGGAUGCACUAGAUAUACUGAAUUCCAACAAGGACCUGUUCAUAAAACUCCUACAAGACCCCAAUUCUCUACUGGUGAAACAUAUUGAAGACUUGCGAGACUCUCAGGAAAAAGUGCAGCAGAUUAAAUCUUACCCUGAAGAUAAAUUGUCAGAACAACACAAAAAUAAUUCAAGGGAAUGUGAAAGGACUGGCUGUACCCGAAACUUCAACUCCAUUGAUAGAUACCUGUCCAAGCGAACUGGUGAUCCUCAACCCUCGGAGACAAUAGUAGUUUUGAAGCCUGGCUCUGCAAGCUUGCAAAACUGUGCGGAUGGAAUCAGUCAUGACUCUCCACCGGUUCAUUAUAGGUUAAAAAAUGUGCAGCAGAGUGUUAAACCUUCAUUUUUCCCCCUUGUCAAAAUGAAAAGAAAGUUGAUGCAUGCUAUGCGGAUGAGCAGGAAAGAGCGGCAGUUGAUGUUGACUGAUGGUGCAGUGCAGAAGUCCAAAUAUAUUUUCCAAGAGAGUGAAAAAUGUGGUGGCGGAGGUGUGGAUAUUAAUGAAAGAAACUCACCAGGUGAAACCUCUUGUUAUUUAGGAAGAACAACCAUGGAUGUCAGGAGUGAAGACCAGAUGGACAAAGUGGAAAUAAUUGAAUCUAGUGUUAGAGAGGAAGCUGCUACAGCCAGUGAAAAAGGUCAUGAAAGCUCAAGAUUUUCAAAUCUCAGGCAUUCCAAGGAAACUAACAAUGACAAAUAUGUUGAGACAAGGGUACAUCUAUCUGACUUUUUAAUGAAUGAAAAUGUGAAUCUUUCGAGAAAGCAGAGACCAAAAACCAGGGAUGGGAUGAGCUCUCUUCCUGAAAUUGAAUUCUUUCCUAUGGCCGGUCCUAGAUGUAAAGCGGAGCAUGCCCGUGUCACUCCACAAAUGAGAUUUUCUCCCUAUACCAGUUAUCAAAUGGUGAACAAGAACAAGUGGAAUCAGAGUGAAAAGAGAAACAACACAAGUCCAACCCGGCAGACUUUGGAGGCUCCACCAUGGGCCAAUGACAAAAAAUGUGAGGAUCAAUUACAAAUCAUCGAGACAGAGAAAACUAUUUCAGACAAACUUUUCCCUGAUGUCAAAGAGGAUGAAAACAUCUCUUCUCUUGAAAAUGAUUCUAGCCCUGGAGUUUCCAUCAAAAUAAUAGGAAAAAAGGACAGUAAAAUUUCAGAAGAAUAUAGUCCCUCCGGCGUGCCCUCCAGACUAGAUGGCUCGUACAAUAGCGAUGCUAAUGAAAGCACCCGUACUGCAAAUACAACUGACGAACAUGAAUCCUCAAAAUUCUGUAGACUGGAUUCAUCUGCAGAUAAUCAAAUGUCACCAUCUUCAACAAGUGAUUAUUUGUCAAGCCCUUCAACCAUCCAGAGGGUUGAAGACUUGGACAAGGCCAAAGAGAGAGCAGAGCAGCCAAGUCCAGUAUCUGUUCUUGAGCAUUUUUUCAUGGAAGAUAUGAUUACUAGACCUUCAAGCCACGCAUCACGGCCUGCUGAACUAUCAGCCCUGCCACUAAGAAUAGGUAAAGAGGAAGACUAUUUGGCUGCUCUUGUUCACUCCCCUUUGGAUCUGAAGAUUAAUUCAAGCACUUCUUUGGAAGAGCUAGGAUCCGUGUUGGAGUAUAUAGGUGCAUUUUUGAGAGCUUCUGGCUUUAAUUUGGAUGAUCUCUCAUCAAAGUGCCAUGGUGAGUCCUGUGGUGGUCAUAAGCUCGUUUGUGAUUAUUUUGUCGAAGUCCUUCUAGAGGUAUACCUGAACUACAUGAGAAGCUCCCCUUGGUUGUCAUUUGUCGAACCAAAAGUUCGACCUGUUACAAUGGCAGAAAACAUGGCUCAACAAGUGAUGAAACAUGUUGAACGGAACAUACUCUUACAGCCACCUUCGCGAACAUUAGAUCAUCUUGUUGAAAAGGACUUGACUAGCUCUGUGACAUGGUUGGAUGUCCGGAUUGAUGCUGAAUAUGUUGUUAGUAUGAUAGUAGAAAGUGUUCUAGAAGAAGUGAUAAUGGAGACUGCAAUUGAGUAGGUAGAUAGUAGUAGAAUUCUCUGUUGCUUAUGUGUUUUGGUCAAAAUUGCACAACAGAAUUCUGCCAGGCAGCUUGAGCAGGUUAACAUAAUCGGCUUUUCUACAUUCUAGAUCGCGCAAGUAAAUGUUUGCACAUCUUCAAAAGGAUUUUUUUUAAGAAUUGCAAAGCCGAGAUUGGACAAGAAUGGAGGGAGUUGUGUUAACUGACUGGCAGUUGGUCAGAGGCACUGCCGAAACCAUGACAUGCAGCUCCAACUUCCUGCAUAUAGUAGAGUUUAAACUGAACCUUCGACAGCCAUCAAUUAUAGGACUUUCUUUCGGUUAAUUGUAAAGAUAAUCAUACUGGACAUAUACCUUCGUCGUACACUUCCGUAUGCUUCGUGGAACAUCAUAAUCGGUCAGAUAAGCUGUUUUGAAUACUCUUGUGACAAAUCUGUUCCUUUUUCUCGCAUGCCAAGACAUGCGUGGUGCUUAUAGAAGUUGUUCGGUGCGGUUGGUUUACUCGUGUAAGGCUAUUUAUUAGCGUACUUAUCUUGGUAUUUUGAAUUAGCAAAAUUUUCCAGUCAUUGGGGCGUCAGCCUCGAGUUGAAGUUUGUACGAGCUCAUUUCAUUUCAUUUCA